GCAUGGCCGCUUUCAAACGGUUGGAAUGCGGUGCUCUUACACGGGAGAGAGCGGCCAAGAUGCAACAAAAAAGUGUGCGUGCGUGUACAUGGCCUUGCACAGCCACUUGGGGAAGCCAAUCCUGCCACACAGCAAUUGGGCAUGCCCUUUUCUUUUUUCUUUUUCCCUUUUUUCUGCAUUGGGUCGGAGUUGGGGUCUUGGACAAGAUUUGUUUUUCACCGGGCGUACGAUACGGAAAUGGACACACAUGGACUGGGCUGGGGUUGGGCUGUAACAAGGAAUCUGAGACGUCACGAUUUACGACACCACUUUUUUUUCCCUUCCUCUUUACGAGCGCGGCACUUGGACACCUUCUACUCUACCGUGUCUAACCGCAGCUCCUUGCAAUAUGAUGGCGGCGGGUAGCUUUCGUCUCUCCUGUAUCAAAUCUGUACUUGUAUUAUAUCAAUCAUCUGAGUUCUUUUGACUCUCCCAUCAUAGUCUGGAUAUCUGAUGACAAUUCUAUCAAUUCGCA